UGUAAAGAUUGUCAUGAAACUUCAUGGUGUCAUCAUAAAAUAAAUCGCACUUGUUUUUGCUUAGGUCAGUGACUUCAUAAUUGAAGAUGAAUGUAAAAACAGUAGGUUGCUUAUUUUUUAGGUCCUUGUGUCCGUGUUACACAUAUGUUACUCUGCCAUUAAGGAGCCCUUGUCGAGGUCAUCGACAAAACACAAGCCAACCACCACAACAUGACAGACGAGCACAGAGGUCUGGAUUCAGUCCAGCUGCGUUAUCAAAAUAUGACUGGAUCGGUCCACCAGACAGACUCUCAAACCUCAGGCCAAUCAUAUAUCACAUCCCAGAGAAUGAGACACCACUGGAAAGAAAGUUGAGACAUCUGAGACAAGAGACUGAAGACUGGAAUCAUAAGUUCUGGACCAAUCAGAACAUCACGUUCAGUAAGGAAAAAGAAGAAUAUGUUCAGUCUCAACUGAAGGCGAAAGGGUUUUCUGAGAGAGAUGAACAAGGAAGGAAAAGGAAAUUAAGCAGUGAGGAAAUGGCGGUCUUCUACAAACACUUUUUGGAUAAAAAUGUGAAAAGGCAUGCCAGUUAUAACAGGGAAUGGUAUAGACAUAAUUUCACCAUUACACUUCUAAUGGCUGAAGUAGCUCUACACAAAACAUGGAGGAUGCUGACUGGACAGGGGAGAAGAACUAGCCGGGAGAAAGGCAAAUCUACAUGAAACUCAAAUAAUGACAAUCAAUCACUGCCCCUCUCUGUUGUAUGUUUACAUUAAACACUGAAGGUGAGAUCAUUGCAUCAAAACCUGGAAUUGUUAUGAGAUCAGUACAGUGAAGAUGCUCAUCUUUUAGGGUGUUAAAGGGUAACUAAACCCUAAACCAACUUUUUUUAGUUAAUGAUCUGUAAGCAUGGGGCUUUAUUAGUACUGGUCAUUGAUUCAAGUAAUUUUUUUGACAUUUGUGUAUAAAGUGUUUUAAUUCUACAAUAUAUGGUGUAAAAACGUCUGAGUGCUGCCCUCUUCAGGUUGAAUGGUGGCUACUGCAGUUGAAUUUUCCUAUUGGCUGUUGCGGUACUUUGUGACGUAAGCGGUGACAGCUGAUGUAAGCAGGUUCCAGCUCACCACGCCAGAUUCAUGUAUAUGUCGUCUUGUGACCGUGUGAGGAAUAAUAAUAACAUAGAGUCUGACAGCAGCUGUCAAUUAAUCCGUCACUACGAGUCUCAGGUGAACCCCCCGCUCAGCCCCGCACUCGGUUCGUUCCCUCUAUCCCCGCCGGGGUCUGCCCACUUUUCCUGCAUUUUCAAAUAUUUCUAGUGGGUGGAGUCAGACUCUGAGCAGGUGUUUAGUUACCCUUUAAUAUUGGAGGGCAAUACAUGUCAUCAGAAUAUAUUUUCCUGUUUCAGUGCAGUGAAGUAAUUAUUCUUUAUAUUGUGGACAUGUUACAGAUUUGGAGAGGAAAGAUGCUCUCUUGUGGUAUAAGCAGUCUUAUAAGUCCACAAGAUGUAUAUAGAAAGCUAUAGAUCACUCUUAGGUAAUCCUAUUACAACCGUGACCUUCAGACAUAUAACAUUUAUUUUUACAUUAAAAACCCUGAUGCCUUUUAUAGUAAAAGCACGAUGUUUGAUGGGAAAACAAGCAAGAGAGAAAAUUAUUAUUAUUUUUAAGCAAUAAAUUAUGUAUUUUCUUGUGUGUAGAUGUAAUGUGUAUUACUUUGUAUGAAUCACUGUCAAAUAAAUUUAAU